GCAGGAUUUAAACUGGUCUACCUAACACCUUCUAAUCACUGAACAGAGAGCAGUGCUAGACAAACAGUCACCAGAGGAUCUGUUUUUUUUUUCUUUUUUUCUGUCUCUCUCUCUUUACGGUGCCUGUUUCUUACAAUAAGUAGCCUACUGCACUGCUAUUCGGACUACAAUUUGAAAAUGAAUAUACCACUAAAGACCAUUCUGAUCUUCUGCUUAGUGGCUGCAACGACUGCAACAUCUACUACAGAUGCAACAAGCAGUUUCACAGCUGAGAGCACAGAAACUCCUGCCAGCACAACUGAUGCCAUCACAGUCACCACAAAAGCUACUACAGAUGUAACAAGCAGUUUCACUGCUGAGAGCACAGAUACUCCUGCCAGCACAACUGAUGCCAUCACAGUCACCACAAAAGCUUCUGAGGAGACAAGUACUGGUACUUUUAUCACAGAAACGACAACUGAUUCUACAGAUGAUACUCCUGCCAGCACAACUGCUGCCACCCCAACCACUACGAAACAAAGUCCCUGUGAUUCAAGUCCUUGUAUUGGAGGCAGUACCUGUGAAGAACGAUUUGGGGGCAUCUUUGCUUGCAUCUGCCAGCCUGGGCUUGUUUACUUGGAAAUUAGAGGCUGUAUUCAAACAAAGGUCUUCCCAGGUAGUUUAUCUUUGAAUAGGGUUUAUAAUGAAGAUAUGCAUGACAAAACGUCUAAAGAGUUUCAACAGAUAGCAGGGGAAAUUGAGAAGCAGCUCAAAAACACCCUGGGUAAUGACAAUGGCUACAUUAAUUCCAUCGUUUUGAGUCUAAGAAAGGGCAGUAUAAUUGCAGAAGUGCAGAAUUUCUAUGACUUGUCAUCCGAUGCCACAUCAGAUUCAGUUGGAAAGAAGAUUGGUGAUGCAAUUUCUGAAAUUGAAGACGCCACUGAUUAUACACGAGGCAGUAUGUGCGAUCUUGACAUUUGUGACAGUACCACCACCGAAGUCUGUGAAGAACAAAUGGCUAUUGGUACUGUAAGGUGUACUUGCAAAAAAGGGUACAUCAGGUCACAAUUCACAUCACUUUUCUGCCAUCCUUGUCCGAAUGGGGAAAUGGCAGUGGGUGAAGACAGCUGUAAAAAGUGUUCUUUUGGUUUCGCUGGAUUUAAUUGCAAUGAUCCAUAUCUUUUGGUUGUGAUCGUGGUGUCCACUGUGUUGGGUGCAUUGCUUAUCAUCUUUAUUGUGGCCCUGAUAGUUGUAAGCUGCAGGAAUCAAAAGGGAAGCUCCUCAUCCCAGGAAGAUUUUAGCUCAAGCUAUGGCAAUAAGGAAUUACAUAAACCUACCGGAGUUCCCAGGAUUCCUCGGGCCAACCCUGAUGCUGGCUGGAAGUCUAACAAUCUGGAGAUGACCGAUAGUGGGAGCAAUCAGGCACUGGUGACCAGAGAUCGCCCAGAGAGCAAAGCGCGCUACACUGAUUACGAUGAGGACGUGAGUAAUAGGGGUCAAGUUCCCCCAGAGUACUCCGGCUAUGGUGGGAGAGGAGUGGAAAAUGGUGGUGUCCACAACCCAUACUUUCGGCAAGAUGAUGACAGAAUGCGCAGAUAUUAACAUCAUUUAAUCAGGAAAAUCACUGCAUUUGUAUGAUUUUUCUUUAUCUUCAUGUGGAUUGAAUUACAUUUUUUAUUUCUUUGUUGACCCAAAUUUAAAGAUUUUAAUGGAAAAGUAGUUAUUGCCUAUUAUAUGAAUCUUUCAUUAACCAUAGGAACAGAAUUCAGAUUUCCUUCAUAUUUACAUUCUGUGGUUUUAGCAGCUAAUGAAAUUCGGUUUAUGGGCUUCAAUCUUGAUCUAAGCUUUUGCUUUCCAAGUAUUUGGACAAAAUGUCGUUCCUCAACUGUUGAAUGGAAGCUGUGUUGCAGAGGCCUUUGAUUUGACAGUGACUCCUCCUGUUCUACAUAAUUUAUUUUUCUUUUCCAUCUUACAAACUUAAAAUCAUUUUGUUUUUCAGUUCCAACAAAAACAUUUUUAAAACACACCCAUGCUUCUAAUGCAAUAGUUGUUUAAGUCAGAUAUUUAAAUGUUCAUAUUUAUGACAUUUGUUUAAUGCUUGGGCUGGAAACUCAGGUCUACAAAAUAAAUCAAAACAAAUCAAUGUUUCUUUUGAGAUAUUCAAGCAGUGAUGCGCCUUAUUUAUUCAGGAAGAGAAAUUAUGAUUAACUGUCCUAACUGUAACUAUGCCAAUUGUAUUUUAUUACAAA